GAUUCUCUUUAUUUCACGGGCUUUGCAGAGAGCAAYGAGACCUUCGUGAUCGCUCGGCUUGCAAGACGUCCUGGUGGCAUCUGCGAAAUGUGGCUUUUCCUCAGGGUGGAAGGAGUAGGAGAGUUUGAACACCCACAGCACCCAAACAUGAUGGUGAGCGAUGAAUCUGGAGAGCACUGGCGUGGCGGAGGGCUCGCCAUUGAAUACUUGGAGCCCCAAAACCUCUGGAAAAUAAGCUUUGAGGGAUUGCUGAGGAAAGGUCCCUAUCGACAGCAAUGGAGUGAAGAGGAAGGCGAACUUGUGUCAGUUAAAUUCUCUCUCCACUGGGAGAACUUCACCGAAGUCUUCAACUUCAGCACCGACAGUCACCCCAGCACGUUUGUACGGGCCCUGGCCGAGGAACCAUGGAGCACCGAGCUCUUCCGAAGGGUCAAAAAACAAAGGGAACAUUUCCGUCAUGAGCAGUGGGGCCAAUCGGUUGGAGAAAUCGAAAUAGGACCUCAUAAGAAGACAAAACUUUCCCUCAAAGGCGUCCGGAGCCACUCUUAUGGUAUCCGGAACUGGUCUGACAUUUACCGUUAUGUCAUGAUUUUGGCACGCUUUGAGGAUGGGACCGCCACCCAUUUAACAGUUAUUAAUAUGCCAGCAACCAUGACUAACCUCACCGUAGGCUACGUCUUUUUUCCGGAUGGGAGGAAGGCUGGGAUCGAGUGGUCCAAUGCCUCGCUGGCCCAGCUGGCCGCUGAUGGGGUUAUUGGGGAUCAAUAUGCAGUGAGUUUUACUGCAGGUGGCAAGGGCUUCGACAUCGGUGCCACGCUGCACAGCCGGGCCUGCCCCGUGGUGUAUGAUGGGCUCAGUGGGAGCCACGUGUUCCACGAGUGCAUCGCGGAUUUCCGUCUGGACGGGAUAACGCCGGGCUGGGGCCUGAUGGAGUUUUAUUACAGGGAUGAAGCCGCCCGGCCGGUUCCUGGCUUGCGCCUGGGUGCAGGAGCGGGAUGAGCUGCUGCAUCCGUGAGGAGCUGCCUGGUUUGCCGGGCACCGGGAUGGAUGUUCGGGAUUCGGGAUAGAUGUUUGGGAAAAGCCCUCUUCUCGCAGCACCGUGUUUGACAAGUCCUGUUACCUGCUGUGACCUUUCCUGAUGGCUUUGCGAAUUCAGGCUUAUAGUCAAGCUUAUUGCAGUGGUGUUAGCAGGAAGCAGCUUUCCCACUAUUUUAUUCAAAAUGAGCAAUUUGGGGCACGGAGCUCCUUUUCACAGGAGGCCAAGAGGAUGAACAGAUUUGGAAGGAAAUUGGAUAAUUCUUUUUUAGAUAUGCAGCACUUAAUAGCUGCUAACUGUGCUCGUCUGGAGGCAAUUUGRAGGCAGUCUCUGAACAGCUGAAUGCAAGAGGAAUGCAUGGGAAGGAGCCGAUCUCCGCUCCAUCUUCUUCUGUUGCUUUUCCUAAGGUAUCAAGUGCUCCCCACAGAGAAACCUGGGAAGCUACAUGGAUUUCUGACCCAAUUUGGCAGUUACUUGGUUCUUUAAGGUUUGCUUGGGGAGUGAAAGUCCCAUCUAUAGAGUUCUCCAGCAGUUACAGGCAUUAAAAAUGAGCAUAAUCUCUUAUAGCUUCAUGGGAGAUUCCUCGAGAAGUGACUCUCUCUGAGAAUCCAGCAAAGUGGCAUUUGCUGUGGAGAASCCAGGGUCUGCUAGUCCAAGGUAGAAGAUGAUCUGAAUGUCUCCUAUUCACUUAAAAGUGAAUGCUUGUGGCUGGUCCAAGGUGGCUUCAGUCAAUGCUGCUUUGGAGAAGAAAGACCAAUGAUAUAGG